AUGUACAUUACAGGCGAGACGAAGCACAAUAUCGACAAACUCGUCGACGAUUUGAAAUGUGUCGUGAGACUCGAAGCCUCGCAAGAGGAAUGCCCCAAUAUUGUUCAGAUACUGGAUUCUGUAGUAAAUGUUAGCAAAACGUCGAUCGGAGAGACUACUGAGUUAGUCAUUGACGAAGUUUUCCUAACGCUACUUAGGCACAAAUCUAAACAAAUCAUAGCAAAGACUGCAAAAGCUAUUGCGGAAAUAGCAAAGACUGAUCGAGGGAGAGAGAAAUGUACCAGUUUUGAAUUGAUACGGACCUUGAUUGAUUUGCUAAAGGAAGAAGAUGUAGACAUAUUGACACAGACUUCCAGAGCUCUAGGAAACAUCUGCUAUGAGAAUGAGACUGGUAAAAAUCUGGUGGCAGAACAGGAUGGUUUGAAAGUAAUUCUAGCACUACUGAAGAAAGGAAUUGCCCUAGGUAAUGUUGAAGGUGCGAGCUUCUUGAGGAAUGUGUCUGCUGGAGUUUUAUUGAAUUUUUUGGUGGAUCAGGAAAUGUUAUACAGAAAGGCACUAGAGGAGGAUAUGGUACCAAUUAUUUGCAGUAUUUUAGAAGAAGAUGGAAUAAAUGGUGAUGAAUCAGCAGUACAAGUGUUACUCACUCUUGGCAUAUUGAACGACGUGAAUAUUAUAUUUCUCAAUGAGAGAUUGACAAGAGUUUUGGUUGAUAUACUGGCUAGUGACACUUCCUCUGAGCUAUCUGAGAUGUGUUUAGAAAUUUUACAUGGCCAAGCAGAAGAUGAAAAUGCGAAGCUGUUAUUGGCUAAGGCAGGAGUGUGUGAGUUGCUCCUGAAACUGUUAGAGAAACAUGGUCCACAAUGCACUGACGAAGAAACGCGGUCGAUUCUUAAAGUCGCCUGUAACUUGAUUGUUUUGAUUUUAACUGGAGAUGAUAGCAUGAAUUUCCUUUACGAUGAUGGCAAGGGUCCUGUAUACAAGAAAUUGAUAGAAUGGCUAGAGAGUAUUGACGAGGAUUUGCAGAUCACCGCCGUUUUGGCCAUGGGCAACGUUGCGCGGACUGACAUACAUUGCAAGCGCAUGGUGGAACAGGGUAUUCAUCGGAAGUUGUUAAAAAUUCUCGAAAGAAAUGGCAACAAAUCUGGCGAUAUUAGAUGUCAGCACGCCUUACUCAGCGCAUUACGCAACCUCGUUAUACCUGCGGACAAUAAAUCGUUAAUUCUUGCCGAUGGUUUGAUCGAUGUACUGUAUCCAAUGCUGGAGAUUCCUACCUAUCCUGUCGUUUUCAAAUUGCUGGGAACGCUUAGGAUAGUCAUAGACGGUCAAAAAGAAGCAGCAAUUUAUUUAGGACGAAGAGAGGACUUGAUUAAACGGGUAGUUGAGUGGUGCAGUACUGAGGAUCACCCUGGUGUCCAGGGUGAAGCCAACCGAUUAAUCGCCUGGCUAAUAAAUAAUAGCAGGGACAAGCAGGUUGCUUUGUCAAUUAUCAAGUACGGUGCGGUGCAGCAUCUAGUAGGUAUGCUUUUAGCGCAACACACGCUAAUGCAAAACGAAGCAAUUAUGGGUCUUAAUUUACUGACUGUAAUUUGUCCGACGGAAUCUGAAGAGCUACUGAUCAAAGCAGAUUUCGGACGCAAUAUGUGCGAAUUGUUUGCACGUUCCCGUGAGCUUGACGUACACAUCAUGCUAAACGCGUUAUCGUUAUUGAAUCGCGCCCUGGAAUUAGACCAACUGAAGGAGCAUCUUACGAGCUACGGAUUAGCUAAUGCAUGCAAAUUGCAAUGCCAUAUAAAUGAAAACACCGUCACGGAGUUACAGACUCGAGUUACCAAUUCGUGAGCGGCGCUGGGCACCGCCUUGGAAACUAACUAAGGAUAAUAAUGAUGAUGAUGAUGAUGACAAUGACCAAUUCCAAAACGCGUUCUUAUGCGCUGCCAUUCCCUACAUUGUUGUAUCUUCCAUCAUUCCAAAGAACCAAGAAAUGCAAUCUUCAAUGACCAAACCGUUCCCAACUUGAGCCACAGAUUGCAAAACAUAUUUUAUUUAUCGAGAAAUAUAUAUUCUA